AAAUGUGUGUGAGGGAGACGGCGAAAUGGCUGCGCAGGUCGCUGCAGUGCGCGCCGUGUCCCGGGGCGCAGAAGAGACGCCUUCGCUUCCACUUGGUGACCGGCCUGGCCGACCGCGGGGAGGGGGGAGGAAGCGGAAGGGUCCACCCGGGGAGGUCGGAGGGUGCAAGAGGGCUAAGCUAAAUCAACCGCCGCUUGUGGUGGGGCCCGCUCAGGCGGAGCCGCUGCCACCGGCCGCCGUCCCUGGUCUCUCAGUAGCCCCCGCCGUCCCUUCUGCCACAGCUGGACUCUUCACUUUCUCCCCACUCAGCCUCCCCCCGCAGGGCCCGCGCUGCGAGCGGCGGCACCACCACCGGCAUCGGCACCGCCCGGACAGUGGCGACUCCGAGCCUGGGCGCUCUUCUGGGGAGAAGCCGCACAAGGGGAGACGGGGAAGCUCUGGCGACGGGGCUGUUGGGCGGCCCAGCAAGCGAGAAAGCCGUGAUGAAAAUGGCAAGACCCAGAGAGCUGACAGUCUUAUUGUAAAGAAAAUAAAGAAAAAGAAGAAAAAGAAACAUAGAGAAGAUAUGAGAGGGAGGCAUCUGAAAAUGUAUAACAAAGAAGUACAGACAGUGUGUGCUGGUCUUACCCGGAUCAACAAAGAAAUUUUGACUCCAGGGGAGACUGAUAACUUGGAAGAGAACAAGGAAUCUUUUAGGUACCUAAAAGAUGAACAGCUGUGUCAGCUGAAUUGCGGCAUGCAGGAAUAUAGGAUACCCCAGGGGGUGCAGUCCCCAUUUACUACCCACCAGGAGCAUUCUGUUCGCAACAGCUUCUUAAAAACAGGCACUAAAUUUAGUAAUUUCAUUCAUGAAGAGCAUCAGUCAAAUGGAGGAGCUUUGGUUCUUCAUGCCUACAUGGACGAACUCUCAUUUUUGUCUCCAGUGGAGAUGGAGAGAUUUGCAGAAGAGUUUCUUGCUUUGACAUUCAGUGAAAAUGAGAAAAAUGCUGCCUACUAUGCUUUAGCUAUAGUUCACGGGGCAGCUGCAUACUUGCCAGACUUCUUGGAUUACUUUGCUUUUAAUUUCCCUAACACACCAGUGAAAAUGGAAAUCCUUGGCAAGAAGGAUAUUGAAACAACCACCAUUUCAAACUUUCACACUCAGGUCAGUCGAACAUACUGCUGUGGAACUUACAGAGCAGGCCCAAUGAGGCAGAUCAGUCUUGUUGGAGCAGUGGAUGAAGAAGUUGGAGACUAUUUCCCAGAAUUUCUUGAUAUGUUGGAAGAAUCUCCUUUUCUUAGAAUGACUUUGCCUUGGGGCACUCUUUCUAGCCUCAGACUGCAGUGCAGGUCACAAAGUGAUGAUGGUCCCAUAAUGUGGGUAAGACCAGGAGAACAGAUGAUCCCAACAGCUGAUAUGCCAAAGUCACCAUUCAAACGGCGCAGAUCAAUGAAUGAAAUAAAAAAUCUCCAGUAUCUACCUCGGACCAGUGAACCCCGUGAAGUCCUUUUUGAAGACAGAACAAGAGCACAUGCUGAUCAUGUUGGGCAGGGGUUUGACUGGCAGAGUACAGCUGCUGUUGGAGUGCUGAAAGCUGUACAGUUUGGUGAAUGGAGUGACCAGCCUCGUAUAACCAAAGAUGUUGUUUGUUUUCAUGCUGAGGAUUUUACUGAUGUAGUUCAAAGACUUCAGCUGGAUCUGCAUGAACCUCCAGUGUCACAGUGUGUUCAAUGGGUCGAUGAAGCUAAGCUAAACCAAAUGAGACGAGAAGGGAUUCGCUAUGCUAGAAUCCAACUAUGUGACAAUGACAUCUACUUUAUUCCUAGAAAUGUCAUUCAUCAGUUCAAGACAGUGUCGGCUGUCUGCAGCUUAGCCUGGCAUAUAAGACUCAAACAAUACUAUCCUGCAGGGGAGAAUUCUCAAAGUACAGAAAGCAUUUCAAAUAUGGACAGUAGCAACUGUGACAAGAUGAAAUCAGAAGGCGAAGAUCAAUGUGUGCUUAUGAAAAAGGAGUCUGAAGAAGUAGGGACAGAAGUACAGACUACAGCAGUUGCUUCACCAUCAUUGUUUUCAUCUCUGUCGUGACUUGCCCUGCAACAAAAUAAGCUGGCUCAGCCCCUUCCAGUUUUUUAAACUAGAAUCAGAUCAGCAACAUGAUCCACAGGAUGAUCAUAUGUGCUCUCUUGUGUGAUAUGUAUAUAAUCAUAUACAUUUUUAAACAGCUUUUUAAAAUUUUGAUGUGAAGUUAUAGUUUUAUAACUGGGUUACGUUUUAUUGGAGAAAUCUUGCCUAUAAUUCUAUAAAGAAAGGUGACAUUCCAAAAUGUCAAGCAUAUCUUUUUUACACAGAUUAUGCAAAGUUAGAGUUGUAUUUUACUCCCUUAGUACAGCAUGUAGUAGUGGACUACAUUUUGUGUGUGUGCGUGUGCGUGUGUUUUUUUGUUUUGUUUUUUUAAGGAAUGAGGUAAUCCAACAUCUCAAUAUUUUUUUUCCUUCAGGAACAUCCAAGUAUUUAACACUUGGUAAAUUGGAUACCCCCUCCAUCUAUUUUAUCUUUAGCUUUCAGCAUAAAAGGGAUGGUUUCUAUGGAGGAGUCACAAAGUGACUCUCCCAUUUGAUAAAUUUCUUGAAUGAAAGAGAAAGCACAGCACUUUUAAUGAUCAAUGACAUUUGUGUGUGUGAGAGAGAGACUUUGAAAGCCUGGAGGAAGCUCAAGUUACCAGCAGUGUAGAUUCAUUCUUUUGUUUAUCAACACAUUCUCAAAGAAGCUAAUGUAUGAGAUUAGUAGCGGAGUGUAUGAUCUUGUGGAAAUGUAAUAACUGACACAACACUUCCCAUACCUCUGCUUUUAACUGCAUAAAGUAACACUAAAAUGUCUAACAAAACCGUUGGCAGUCUCUCUAAGGAAACUGCUGUCUUUGAGCACUUUAAGGCUUUACAGUAUCCUAACCAACUUGGUGGUUUGUUCAAUUCACAGCAUACAUCUGGGAUGGAAACCAUCAGCUCCUUUGCAUUGAUGCACUUAAUCCAGUAGAGUAGGCUUAACAAAUAUAUAUUGGUUGCCUUUAUUCUCAGAAAUUCUAUAUUGCUGUUUCACAAUAAAUUAUCACAUAAGGACUGCUGUUUCCACAUGUAAUGCUUGGGUUCCCUAGUGCUGUGUUGGAAGAUUAAAUGGCACAUGCUAGUAUGUUCAGUAUAAUUCGCUAAAACUGUUUAGCAUCCACACUAUAUUUCCAAGUGUUAACUAUAGUCAAGUUUCACCCACUGUCUAUAUACUGAAUUACAUUUAUUUCAGGUACUGGAAACAGGCCCCUCACAUGUAGGAUGUAAACAUUAAGAUUUAAUCAAAGGUGUUAAAAAGCAACUCUGUUCUUGUGGAGUAGGGGAGAAAUCUGGCGCACUACACCAAUGCAAACAAAGAAAGCAGCUGUUUUUUUCAAUGCAUUUAUCAGUCUUUUGGAAGAAUUGCAGAUAUUAAUGUUUAUAAUAGCAAUUACUUUGUGCAAUAUUGUUUUGUGUAGAUUAUAUGCAUAUUAGCACCUCUGUAUAGAGGACACAGUUUUAAACCAAUAGCAAAAUAAUCAGAAAAUAUUGCAGUGAUUUAGAUAGAACCUGUAUUACUCCUGAUAUAUACAUGUAUAUGUAUUGUCUCUGGUGCAUACCUGAAGACAAAUAGAACAUAUUUCAACUUAAAAUCAAUUUUCAGAUUGGAGUGAUGGUGACUUGUUAAGUAAUCUGUGUAAAUAAGGUGUUAGGAAGAAAAUCCUUUUACAGGUAAUGUGUUUUUAUGCAGGAGUGUAGCUUUUAAUCUUAACAAAAAAUCUAGAUUGACCAAUACUGGUUCAGAAAAUAACCUCUGUACUCUGGCUUUUUCCACUUUUUUACUCUUGUCCCGAAGAAUUUUCAUAAGCUUUAAUGGGCUGUGCAAAGUAAAAUUCUUCACAGGCAAUAUGAGUUUCAGUGCAUCAUUUAUAUUUGAUCAAUUCCAUCUUUAUUUUUGCAUUUCUAUUCCAUUCAUUUUAGUCUUCCAAGCAUUGAUUUCCCUUCAGCUAUGUGUUGUAAAUGGCCAUGUAAGCAAAGAGUCCUCUCUUGGGCAUUUCAACUAGCAUGGGUUAUUGUCACCUGCAAGACAGCACUGUGUAUAAUCACUCAGGAAUUGGAAAAAUUUUGGAAGACCUUACAGUUGAAGGGAAAACUGUUUACUUGUCUAACCCUGUGUUGAAGUAAAACUUCUAAAAUGUGUAAUCCCACAAAUGUUAAAAUCUAACAAUGUGUAGCCAUUUUCUUUAAUGGUGGUUUAGAAUAUGAUGGAGUUAAGAUAGAAAUGGUGGAUUGGAUCCAAAUAUGCCUCUUCUGAAUGGAAGGGCUCAUUCCAUGUGCAGAGAAAAUUAGGUUCCAGCAAAGUCUGGGAGAAGCAAGGAGGUGCAAUUCUCAUUAAUUCCCUUAUAAUUGUUGCAAUUCAGUGCAAUGCCCUUGCUGUUCUAAAGGGUGUCAAGUUUUUGGAGCCAGUUUUCAGUGGCUACGGGGGAAGGAGAAAUUGGCAAAAAUCGGCAACUUGCUCCCUCCAAUGUGGGUGGUGUUCCGUUGUGCACAAGUCUGGAUCCAACCCAUACAGUAUAAAUUAUAGCAGUAGACAUAGGACAGAAUUUUGUUUUUAAAUGGAUACAACUUACUAAAGGAGCAUAAUAAUGUAUUCCUUUUUUUUUUGUCCAAACCUUCAAGGCUAUGUAGGUGAAUGUUGAUCCAUUGCUCAAUAUUUUUCCAGCCCAAGAUUGCAAAGUUAAAAUUAAACUGCAUUCAUGUAGCAUUUUGGGUAGGCAUAUUCCAAACAGUUAAAAGGGAUUUCAACCAUCUUUCUCUCCUGUUCACUUCUCUUAAUUUCACUUUACAUAUAAUAUUUUACAGGAAUACUUUUGUAUCAUCUUUAAAAUGGUUUAAAAGUACACAUUUGUCAUUACUAAACUCUAGGACCAAGUACAAAAGAGUUCCAUGCAUGUAGUUCUGUGCACCUACCAGAACUAUAUUGAUUUUCCUGUCUACAGCCCUUUGAAAAAAAUUGGCUUGUACUCCAGACAGUCCUUUGAGAUUCAGGAGUGGCUUUUCUCGAGAACUGAAGGGCUGCAGAGUGAGAAGAGGCUGAAGAACCCUAGUGCAUGCAUGGCCCUCUGAAAUUUAUGCUUGGGUCCCUCACUAUAUAAGAGAUAAAACAGCUUGUAGGAUUCAUGUGAUGAUAGAUAAAUUUAUCUGAACUGAUAAGGAAAGCUAAUAAAAAUAUCUGAGUGAAAAAGCAGAGUAGUAUGGACCUAAAAUGAAUGACUGAUUGGGUUCAAAUUGUCAGAAUGACUGUUUAUUUGGGGAACAUAGAAUCUUUAGCUCUUAGAAGAGUUUUUUUUAAAAAGAGAUUAUCUCAGGAAAAUGUUGGGAAAUAGCUUGUAUUCUGAGGAUUUCAGAAAUUUAUCUUGCCAAAUUAAUUCUUUAAUGCCUAGGUGUUUUGCAAAUGUAAUUUAAGAUCAACAGGAAAUAUUAAGUUAUAGAAUAUUUGGACAUGAUAGCUUCAAUGAAGGUCAAAGGCAGAAUAUUUCCAUUUAUUUUAUUAUAAAUAACUGGCCAGUUAGGAAGAAGCUUCUCCCUCUCUAAGUUCUGUAAUUGUUCAGUACCAGUUACAUUCAUUAUAUCCUGCCUCAUGUUUGAACAAUUGCUAAAUAUUUGCUAAACAAUUUUUUAAACGUUUCAGUUUUUGCCUAAAUAUCCUGGGCAGCUCUAAGUUGAAAACCGGAGACUCCCUUCUAUUUUAUUAAACACACUAUUUUUCCUUUAUUAAGAACCAGCAAAGAGUGUUGUGUUCAGUUGGUAAUUUUAUUUAGCCAUUGAUUCAUUCAAUAAAUCAGCAAAAGUAAAAUUAAGAAAUAAGUGAACUAGGUAUUUCAUAUCUCCGGUCAAAUAUUUCUGAACAGUUUUAUAAAUCUGACAUGUUGCCUUCCAUGAAGGUUGAACAUGUGGAAAAGUCAUGGAAGAUUUAAGAAACACUCAUGUUUAUCAUACAGGUUUUCCCAUACAGUAAAAGGGCUCUUGUUUUGAUAGUAGGUUAGUAGUUUUCUUACAUGUGAGAACUUAGCUGUUAAGAAACAGAGAAGUUCAUUUGUUGUCAGAGCCCCAAGAUGGAUAUUUGUUUUUCUCAUGCUGCCAUUCACAUGCUUGAAUUUUUUCUGAGUGGUUAGCUCUUCUCACUUGGGGCACAAUCUGUUCCAAGUUAAGCAUCUUUAAGUCCCAUUGAUUUUAGAUGGGAGAUAAGCAGGUGCUUAACUCUCCAUUACUCUCCAUUGAAAUCAGUGGUACUUUAAAUAUGUUUAAUGUUGGCAGGAUUGCACUCUUAUUUCUUUAUAAAUGCUGAGUAUUUAUAGCCAUAUUGGUUGUGUCUGAAAGUUGCUAUGAGUGGGGAUGUUCAUCUUUCAGCUCCUGAAAGCUUUGUACUGUAGAUAAACUUCGUUGGUCCAAUAAACAACUUUCCAAUAACAUUAUGGCCUUCCAUUGAUAUACAUAAUAGUUUUAGGACCCAACAGCACAUGUAGUUGAGAAGGGGCUUCUCUUAAUAUAGCACUUUCAAUUCUGUCUAAGCAAAUACUUAUACUUAUCUUUACAUGUUGUAUAAAAUAGAUUUGUGGAGUGUUUUGUGAUUAAAUUCAGUUUUGAUUGGCAGCUAAGAUAUUUUUCUGUGGUUUUAAUAUAUCUAAGGUCUUUACAUAUAGAGGAUAUGUACAAUUGCCUGGAAGACUGUUUUUUGCUUUGUGUGGCCUUAGUAUAUUUAUUGACAUUUAGCAAGUGUUUUAAAGAGGUUUUUAUACUAGUGUAAACUGAUGGGAAGAUUUUAAGCCUCUCUGUGAAUAAUCCUCUAAACGCAGUGCAUUUCUUUUAGUAGCUGACUGUACAAGCGUAUCACUGUUAAAGCUAAUUCUUUGUAAAAAAAAAUAGUACAAUGGAAUGCAUAGAUUUUUCCCCCUUGUAAAGUAUUUUUUUAAUAAACAGAAGUCUGAUUUGUCCUUAAUGAAAA